UCUUUAAUGGAAGGGGAUAACUACAUUUGAGGACGACCGUACAUUGAAAUUGACGGAGAUACUGAACACGUCCAGCAGGCGGCAGUGAAGCGAUAAAACGACUGAGCCGCAGCUAAACAGCGCAGAAGAAGAAGAGGAAACCAACAUGGCGUCCGUCAACAGUGAUGAGUGGAGAGCUAUCUGCGACAAAUUCACCAACGCCCAAAACCUGACAGAUGUAGAAUCACGGAAUGACCCAGAAAAUGACCCGUACCGCUCCAAAUACAAGGCCAGGGAGCUCCUCAGAGAGAUAUACUGCUCGCUCAAGAGUUUUGAUGCCGGCGAAGGCGAAGAGGAGAGCGGCGGAGAGAGCGGCGAGCAGCCCCCGACAGAGCAGCCGGUGGACGGGCAGAGGGAGGACGGCUUCGGUCAGGGCUUCAGCGGGGACUCGCCAGCCGGGAUGCGGGCCGCUAAACUCGGGGCUGUGGAGUAUUACCUGGGCGUCAACCACGUCGACACGGAGGAGCUGUCAGCCGGACAGGAGCAUCUGAUGAACUGCAUGAAACUGCUGGAGAGGUGCCGAGUGUCGUCCGAGAAUGUGUCGCUGUUUAUUCAUGUCAAGAACCAGCUGGGCAUCCUGUGGGCAGGCCGGGAUGAGACGGAGAUGGCUCAGGGCUUCCUUGAAACUGCAGAAUCCAUGUACCAACGUUACAUGAAGGAGGAUGGCAGUCCUCCCACUGAUAUGACAGAAUACUUCACUAGUGAGGAGAACCUGCUGACACACCAGGAAAGGACCAAAAGGUUUGAGUUGGCCUACACUCAUACCAUGUACUACCUUGCUCAAGUUUAUAAAAACCUUGGGCAAACUGAGCGUGCUGCCACCUACUGCCACAGUACACUGCAGAGACAGCUACAGUUAAACCAGUUCAGCCCAAUGGAGUGGGCUCUGAAUGCUGCAACACUCUCACAAUAUUAUAUCACAAAGGGUCGAUACAUGGAAGGCAGACAUUGCCUCUCAGCAGCUACUGUCAUAUCAGGUUUGGCAGGGGAAGUUCCCUCUGAGGCUGCUGCUCAGGAGAGUGAGACAGAGAGCGAACGCAGGGAACAUCUCAGACAGAAGCGAGCCGAGAUUGCGAGAUGUUGGAUCAAAUAUUGUCUCAACCUCCUGCAGGACUCCAAGAAGCUGCUAGAGGACAACAUUGGGGAGCUGGAUACUGAUCGUCAAGAUGAGUUGAAGAGAGCGAGAAGACGUGAGGAGGAAGAGGAAGAGAAGGGCAGGAAGAGUGCUCUGCUUUUUGGCUCUGAGGACACUUUUGACUCCAUUGCUAGCCUGGAAGAGAAGGUGCUUUGUUUGUUCCCAUUGGACUUCACUGAGGCCAGAUCUGUGUUUCUCGUAGGACAGAAUUAUGUCACACAGGCCAAGGAGUACUUUCAGAUGGAUGGCUAUGUGACAGACCACAUAGAGAUCUUGCAGGAUCACAGCUCUCUGUUUCGAGCGCUGGCUUUCUUUGAAGAGGAUCUGGAGCGACGCUGCAAAAUGCACAAACGACGAGUUGACAUGCUGGAACCAAUCUGCAACGAUCUGAAUUCCCAGUACUACCUAUUGAUCCGCAGACAGUUAAUGUUUGAGUUGGCUGAGACCUACAAUGAAAUGAUGGACUUGAAGCUGACGCUGGCCAACAGACAGGCCGAUACACAGUCUCUAGAUAACCACACUAUUAAGAAAUUCAACAAUCUCUGCUCUGCCUCUGCCAAAUACUUCCAGAUGUUCCUAGACUCUCUGUGUUCUCCAGAAGGGAAGUUUCCAGAAGUCCUGGAGGAGGAGGUGCUCCGACCAGCUCUGGUUGCUCGCUUCAGAGUGGCCCGACUGCACAGCCGACUGAUCAGCUCUGUGCCUCCUAUUCAGCUGGAAAACCUCAACAGAUCUCUGGAGAACUACAAGUACGUGGUGCAGUAUUGUGAGGCCCAUCCUGAGGCAGCAGGUGCUGCAGAGACGGAGCUGGAGCUGAGUAAGGAGAUGGUCGGCCUCCUUCCUCUCAAAAUCAACCGCCUCAAAGCGAGGAUGGCUGCCAACAACUGAAGGACACUGCUAUUGACCGACUGACUCACUGGUCUAAUGGACUAAUUGUGCUAGAUCAGGGGUUGGCAACCCGCGGCUCCGGAGCCGCAUGCGGCCCUUUCAUCCCUCUGCUGCGACUCCUUGUGGCUUUGGAAAAUAAAUGAGUAUUUAAUUUACAUUUAAGUUUUUCAGUUCAUCAGUUUUUAAAAUGCAAUUCUGAAUUUGAAGGAAAUACAACAUGUUUAAUUUCUUUUGUCGCUCAAAAUAUGUGUCACCAACCACUGAUGUGCGACACCCGCCGGCACGCACAGGCCUUUAUUAUAUCUAUGUUGCCAACUUGGUGACUUUCUCGCUAAAUCUGGCAACUUUCCAAAUCCUCUUGGUGACUUUUUUUUG